AUGGAAACUCAGAAGAGUCAAGUGAAGCUAACAAGAACUCAAUCGUCACUUCUCAAUCUCAAUCUCAGUUCUUCUUCACCAACAAUCCGAUCGUCGUUUCAGAGCCUUUCUUCCAUCAACGAUUACUACGACGAAGAGGACGACAAGAACAACAAGAAGAAAAUCAAGAAAGCGUCGUAUUACAAUUCCUCCCCGCGAUCCGGGUCGACCCGAAUAACCGCUCCGGUUAUCGCGGUUGUUUCGUUCGGUUUCCUCGGCGUUUGUUCGUUCUUCUUCUACUUCUCGUUCCUCGGGAGGGACGAGGUGCCGACGUCGGAGAAUCUGUUACUGGCUUUAAUCUUCAUCGCCGUCGCGCUUUACUUCGCGUCGAGGAACAAAGGCUUGAUCAACCAUGGUGUCUCGGUUGUGAAGCAGUGGUACGACGGGAACGUGAAGCGGUUCGGGUUAACGAAAACAGAGUCGAAACCGGUUCAGUGGUUCAUUGGCGGUUCAACGACAUGUACAACAACGAAGAAGAAGAGUGUGAGGGAAGGAGUUGAGUUUUACAGCAAUGGUGAUUUUUACGAAGGGGAGUUUCAUAAAGGAAGGAGUAAUGGGAGUGGUGUUUACAAUUACUUUGUGAAUGGAAGAUACGAAGGUGAUUGGGUUGAUGGAAGAUACGAUGGUUAUGGAAUUGAGAGCUGGGCUAGAGGGAGUCGAUAUAAGGGUCAGUAUAGGAAGGGAAUGAGACAUGGUUAUGGAGUUUAUAGAUUCUACACCGGAGAUUCUUUUUCCGGUGAGUGGUGUAAUGGUCAAAGUCAUGGAAUGGGUCUUCAAACUUGCUCUGAUGCUAGCACUUAUGUUGGUCAAUUCAAACAUGGUGUUAAACAUGGUCUUGGUUGUUACCAUUUUAGAAAUGGAGAUAGAUAUGCAGGAGAGUAUUUUGGAGACAAAAUUCAUGGAUUUGGGGUCUACCAUUUUGCUAAUGGACAUUGUUAUGAAGGAGCGUGGCACGACGGUCGUAGACAAGGUAUUGGUUCGUAUACUUUUCGAACUGGUGAUCGAAGAUGUGGGGAAUGGGAUGCUGGCAACCUUAAGCAUUCUCUGCCACCAGUAACUGAUGUUGUCCUUCGAGCAAUUGAGGCUGCUAGGAAAACAGCUGCGGAUGCGAUAAACCUCAAGUCUGUUGAUGAUCAAGUUAACAAUGCAGUGAUCGCUGCAAACAAGGCUGCCACUGCUGCUAGAGUGGCUGCUGUGAAGGCUGUGCAGAACAGAAUGGAUGGAAAAUUUUGUGAAACUUUUGUCUGA